UGUGACACCUGUCACAGCCCGUGUCCCUCACCAGCACCUUUGGGAUGUGCCCCUCGCUUCAGCCCGGGACAUUCCCUCAUUCUCACACUCCUUUUCCUGCAGCAGCUGCUUCGGACCGUGGUCUGGCACAGCUGGAGGUCGAGCUAUAGCAAACCUGCCCCAAAUGUGCACCUGAGCAAACCUGGGGCCGGGUUCAGCUUCGAACUGACAGAUGAACAGAAGGAAUUCCAAGCCACUGCCUGGAAAUUUGCUCUGGAGGAGAUUAUUCCUGUUGCUGCUCAGUAUGACAAGACUGGCGAGUAUCCUGUGCCACUCAUCAAACGGGCCUGGGAGCUUGGGCUGAUGAAUUCUCACAUCCCAGAGAGCUGUGGGGGGCUGGGGCUGGGCUCCUUCGAGGCAUGUUUGAUCACAGAGGAGCUGGCCUAUGGAUGCACCAGGGUGCAGACAGCCAUCGAGGCCAAUUCCCUGGGGAUGAGUCCUCAAACGCCGGUGAUCAUCGCUGGGAAUGAGCAGCAGCAGAAGAAAUACUUGGGAAGGAUGACAGAGGAGCCCCUCAUGUGUGCCAACUGCGUGACGGAGCCCAGCGCGGGCUCGGACGUGGCCAGGAUCAAGACCCGGGCGGAGCGGAAGGGAAACGAGUACGUCAUCAACGGGCAGAAGAUGUGGAUCACCAAUGGCGGGAAGGCCAACUGGUAUUUCCUGCUCGCCCGCACUGACGCCGACCCCUGAGCCCCAGCCAGCAAAGCCUUCACGGGGUUUAUCGUGGAGGCCAACAGCCCCGGCAUCCAGAUCGGCAGGAAGGAGCUGAACAUGGGCCAGCGCUGCUCGGACACGCGCGGGAUCGUCUUCGAGGACGUCCGAGUCCCCAAGGAGAAGGUGCUGAUCGUGGAGGGGGCUGGCUUCAAGAUCGCCAUGGGCGCCUUUGACAAGACCGGGCCCCCCGUGGCAGCGGGGGCCGUGGGGCUGGCGAAACGAGCGCUCGAUGAGGCCACAAGGUACGCGCUGGAGAGGAAAACCUUCGGGAAACCCAUCGUAGAGCACCAGGCCAUGGCGUUCCUGCUGGCAGAGAUGGCCAUGAAUGUGGAGCUGGCCCGGCUGGCGCACCAGUACGCGGCCUGGGAGGUGGACGCCGGCCGCUGCAACACCUUCUACACCUCCGUCACCAAGGCCUUUGCCGGGGACGUCGCCAACCAGGUGGCCACCAAUGCCGUGCAGAUCUUUGGGGGGAACGGGUUCAACACGGAAUAUCCCGUGGAGAAGCUCAUGAGGGAUGCCAAAAUCUACCAGAUCUACGAGGGCACAGCGCAGAUCCAGCGGGUGAUCAUUGCCCACAAGCACCUGGGCAGGUAGAGGGCCUGAGGGACGCGGCGGCUCCGGGUCCUGCCUUCCAGGGAAGGAGAUUUUGCUGCAUUUCUCCGUUAGAAACAUCUGGGAAAAUCCCUUUUCCUCCAAACUCCUCUUCUUGUGCCUGAUCCAGCACAGGCUCUGGGACCCCAUCCGUCCCUUCACCCGUCCCCCCAGCUGACCGUCUCAAACAUCCCUGAAUCCCACAGGGAUCGGUGUCUCCCUUGCCCACUCUCCUUUUGGCAGCAGAGGAAGAAAAAACCUUCCCUGGCAAACCUUUGUGAUCAAAAAGUGAACAAAAUUUGGAUUUUUUUAUUUAUUUCUGACUUCUUGUUGAUUUGUUCCCGUGAAGGCAAAAAAUCCAGCACAUCCCAGGGGUCGGAUUUGGGGGGUUUCCAUGUGUGUAACAGCACUGAUCGGCUCCCAGUGUUUACGCCUGGAGCUUGAGCAAACGGAUCAGUCUCAGGGAACCUAAAAAACUGGCUUUGCCUCCUGAGGAAGGGCCCAGCUGGCUCUGGCACAGGGAACGCAGGGCCCCAGUUCCCCAGAUCCAUAGGAAGCACUGUGGGUUUGGGGCCUUUCAUCAGCCAAUUUGAGAGGAAAACAAAAGUGAAUCCGUUUCUUGUGC